AACUAUAAAACCGUAGACGCAAUAUAAUAUGUAGUUUUCAAAGAAAAUGAAGUGCACAUAAAAUGUGAGUUAUAAAAGAGAAAGGAAACGUUUUGUUUACAAAGUUCAUGAAAAAAAUGAGGAACAAAGUAUUACGUGUAGCUCAAAGUGCUAUUACUCUUGUUAUGAUUGGAAUGCAGAUGUUAAAUGUAGAAGCCCAACAUCAAAAUGAUUCGAUCGUGUUUUUUGAUGAAAUGGAUCUUGUGACGAUAAGCCAGAGAACUAUAGACCAAAUGGAGUUGUUGGAAUCUCUUGUGAGGCUGAUGAAUAAAGGAGACAGGCCAGUUAGAAGAUACUUCGACUCUUAUUCCACACCUUUUGCCGGAUUCGAAGAAAUUACUUUUAAUAACAAACCAGUGUUAAGACUUCAUGAGUAAAAAUUAAUAAUAAGGACAAGUAAUUAUUUAAUAAAAUA